UAGUUGAUAUGUUUAGAUCGAUGCAGUACGACCUCUUUCUCUUUUCGCAGCACUACCUCUUUCUCCAAGUCAUCCAUCAUGGACCGGUCCAUGGAUUUCAGCAGCUCCCGCGACUUCAGCAGUGUCCGUGACUUCAGCAGCGCCCGCUUUUCUGACAUUGCCGGAGGCACCAUGGUUGGUGACGAAGAGGGACAAAAUAAGGAGAGGCCGCUUGUGCUUCGGAACAAGGCCCCCAGAUGGCACGAACAGCUGCAAUGCUGGUGCCUUAACUUCCGCGGCCGUGUAACCAUUGCCUCGGUGAAGAAUUUCCAGCUGAUCGCCGCAUCAAGCCAGCCCCCAGCCGCUGGGGCUCCAACCCCAUCGCAACCUGCUCCACCCGACCAGGACAAGGUCAUCCUGCAGUUUGGCAAGGUGGCGAAAGAUAUGUUCACCAUGGACUACCGCUACCCGCUCUCAGCCUUCCAGGCUUUUGCCAUCUGUUUGAGUAGCUUUGACACCAAAUUAGCAUGUGAGUAGAUAGACACCAUGGAAUCGCUGGACUCGGAGCUGGAAAUGCACAAAAGAAGAGAUGCAUCUAGCCCUAGGAUUCUAGCUUGAUGCUUUUGCAUUUUAUUGUGUUCUCUCAUGGUUGUAUUGUGUUCUGCUUCAUGUUGUAGCCUUGGAACCGGACUUCUGAGCAUGUAUGUUUCACCUGCCGGCACCACGGUUGGUGGCAUUCGUAUGAUAUGCAUCAGAUUCCACCCUUAACGUGAAAAGGUUCCCUUGAUGAAUUGUUUA